CAGCACCAUGGCAGGCAGCAGGGCGGCGGGCUCGGACCCCUCGUAUUCCGUCGCACCGCCGGUCCGCGCUAGGGUGUGAGGGGUUUCCCCUCCGCCCCGCAGGGGGUGCCGCGGCCGCCCGGCUGGGCAGCGCCGCCACCGCCGCCCCCCGCCUCCUUUUUUCGUCCUCCUGCCCGCUAUGGCCGCCCGCGGAGCUGAGCGGCGCCGCGCGGAGCGGCGUGCCAGUGCCGGGGUCUCGCCGCUGCUUGCCAGCGCCCCGUGAGGGGGGACAAGCGGGGCGGCGUGUCCCUGCGCUCAGCCCGGCCCCCCCGCUCUCCGCAGCGGAGAUGUGCGAGACCCGUGAGAAGGGAGUCGCUUCUUAGACCGGCAGCCAGGAUGGUGCAGCUGCGGCCCCUGCCCCUCGUCGUCGUCCAGGGCGUCCUCCAGCUCGUAUUUUGUGACACUAAUCGAGUCGUACAAGCCACAGACGUGCUGGACUGGGAAGACAAGGAUGCUGCAGAGACACUCGUUGACAACGUGGUCCAUUCCAGGAUCAUCAAUCCUUUACGUCUGUUUGUUAAGCCAUCUCCAGUACUGAAACAUGGCCAGGUGUCCUACUCGGACAGUAUAGAAAACUUCUGGGAUUGGUUGUCCAAUAUCACAGAGGUUCAGGAAUCCCUCACACGAACUAAACGCAGACCUAUAGUAAAAACUGGGAAAUUCAAGAAAAUGUUCGGAUGGGGCGACUUCCACUCUAACAUCAAAACUGUUAAGCUGAACCUCCUCAUCACAGGGAAGAUUGUCGAUCACGGCAAUGGGACCUUCAGUGUUUAUUUCCGACAUAACUCCACAGGUUUAGGAAAUGUUUCUGUAAGCCUGGUGCCACCUUCUAAGGUGGUUGAGUUUGAAUCAUCUCCACAGUCAACACUGGAGACCAAGGAAUCCAAGUCCUUCAACUGCCGAAUCGAGUAUGAAAAAACAGACCGCGCUAAAAAAACUGCCUUGUGCAAUUUUGAUCCUUCAAAGAUCUGCUACCAAGAGCAGACUCAAAGCCAUGUCUCCUGGUUGUGUUCCAAACCCUUUAAAGUUAUCUGCAUCUACAUUGCUUUCUACAGCGUAGAUUACAAACUGGUGCAAAAGGUCUGUCCUGAUUAUAAUUACCAUAGUGAGACUCCGUACUUGUCUUCUGGCUGAUGCGGUUGUGGGUAACUAGAGAUACAGCAUCACUCAAAAACACGCAUUUCCAUUAACCUUUUGGACAAGAACAUGUUUUCCUAACAGGUUAAAAAAUCCUUAAAAACUGUAGUGGUGUUUGUGCUGUAUCGUAGAUAAUCAUACUGUUUAGGUAACAAUCAUUUUCCUUUGAGACUCUUGCAUUUUGGCUCUCCUCAUUAAUAAGGGAACUACCAGGCAGACCCAUGACAAAAUUCAAACAGAAUUCUGUCUGUCGUGAACACUGAUCUUGAAAACCAGUUUUGUAAACUAGACUUGAUGGCAGAGAUGUCUUUUACUUGCAUUGGAUCCUGUUUCUCACUGGGGACAUCAGAUGAUGACAUAAAGAAGAAAUGAUGAAGCAGACUCUCACAUGCUUAUAUACAAAAUCCAAAUAAACAGAUCUCCCACUAAGUUAAUAAAGAAUGUUACACAGGGCUCAAGGAAUCAAGUCCAAAUACUAGGAGAAAAUGCUAUUUCUGGGACAAAAAAAGGAAAGGAAUCUGCAUUUUUAUGAGUUGCAGUAGUUGUACGUAUUAAUUGAAGAGCGGGUAGUUCUUCCUUCAGCCUUCUUACCUGUGGAUAUGCAAUGAUGUAAUUAGACAUUGAUGAGCUUUAGUUUAUCAGACCCACCAGGUGUGCAGGUUUGGUGUGCAUCACCUCUGGUGAUUCUUCU